AUGACACCCAUACGACGAUACUUGAGAAUUACCAAAUAUUCGGUUCUCGAGUGCCGCAUAUACCUGGACAACCCCGCACUGACACAGUCAUGGCUCCUGAACCCACGGGACCCUAUUCUUCCCAAAGUUAUUGAGAGUGUACGGCCGCUGGUCUUGCCGAAACUGCGCGAGGAGCAAGAGCGAGAUCGCAUGAAGAAAAAGAGCAAGAAACGAACCAUCAAGGAUGUCGUGGUCCAAGAUGACUUUGAGGUGUCGAUCUUCCUGAUGGAAACCGACACGAGGCACUCACUGUUGCACAAGAGGAAGCACUUUCGUGACAAGGUGCAGACUAAGCUCACGUCCAACUCUUCAAAACUGACAGGCGGGGCUCAUGACGCCCCCAUUGAUGUUGACGGGGAUGAGGUGCUCCAGGAGGCAACCGAUGGGGAUGAUGAUGUGCCACUGAUCCGCGAGGAGGAGGAUGAUCAGAAUGCCAUCAACCUGGACGACAUCCCCGCGAUAGAUGAAACAACAACAAACUCGGCCAGUACCAAUCGGAGACCAAAGAGGCGCAGGCAAACCAGCGGGGAGAAUGAGGGCGUGUCGAACCCCUCCGAGAUUGAUCCUGACGUUGUUGAGACGAUUGAUACAGAUUCAUCAAAUGAUCAGCUGUUCGUUGGUGACGGAGACGACGACGAUGACAGUGACACAGCAGCUGGAAGGCCGCCCCCAUCAAAGCGCCGUCGGGAGAAGGCGGCCGCUCGAGACAUGGAUGGACCUGACGACAAGAAGAAGUUGGGCAUGGAUAUCUCAUACGAGGGUUUCGCCAUCUAUGGCCGGGUGCUGUGCCUCGUCGUCAAAAGACGGGAGGGCAUCGGAAAGGGCGGAGGUUUAGCAAUGUCGACGAGCGGCAGGUCCCAAGCUGCCGGCCGACCUCGAGGUCAAGCUAUGAUGGAGAACUGGAUAUCUUCUACGCAACUUCCCGAUGAGGCUGGUGCGGGGGAUGAGGAGGCGUCGUGAUAUGGCCACCAUAGCAUUGCGAUGCUUCUCUAUCGGGCCGGCCGCAUGUUGAGCGACCGGCCACUCGACACAACAUCAGGGCGGGGUAUCUAUACUAACAUAUCACAACAGCAGCAGGGAAUAGCCUCAUGUGAGUGGUUCGAUUGGCAACUGCUUGAUGUCGUCAGAAAGAGCCCCAGGAACGUCUCAACUUUCGUCAACUCAACCCGCCCUCAAACAUGAUCAUCCGGGACACCCCGCAAUAUCAGUUUCGGACUGCCGCUUGGGGAGCAUAUGCACGAGGCUCAAAAGACCAACGAAUACGAAUUUUCAGGAACCUUGAGAUCUUCAUGCCGCCAUGUCUGGUGGCUUUUGGGCUUGAACAGCAUGGAUUGCGGCUUUUACCCUCCUGGUCCGACGAAAAGAGGCCAAACCUACAUAUCGCUUGCAGACGCCAAUCACAACAGAAUGGCCGAACUGCGGCAACACCAGUUGAAACUGUGGACGUCGGCAGUUGCCCCAGUCAAGCGUUUACAGCCAGCGGGUAGGCACUGAGAAACAUGCACCUGGACGCCUCUUUUUGUUGGCGUCAAAUGAUAGGGAAGGUGUUUCUGACCCAAGCAUCGUCUAUCGGUACGGCAUCUCGGGGCCCAGUCUUGGUGUUCUGGCCCCCAGUUCUUAUCACAAUCUAUCACACCCACCUGUGAGACGCCGACUGUGUGUGACUUGAGCAUCGCUGGCAAUCACUACUCUACGCCGCAGGUGAAGGACGGUACAUGACGACAACCAUCAUGAACGAUACCCGGAAGGCUGAAAACCGAAACAAUCGAUCAUCAUCAAAGCCUUGUCUGUAUCCGUAUCUGCGGGGCAUACAAAGCCGCCAAGUGGGUUAGCACUUGGAGAUGGCCUCAUGAGCUCAGUAAUCGAGAUCGUACGGAUGAAUUCCGUCCGCGAAUUCUCCCGAACUGCGCCUCGUGAACAGAAGGCCGGCGCCAUCGUCUCCGCCCCCGCGAAUAAUCAGGUUUUGGCGUACAGCUUGGUCUUGUUAUCAGGCCAUGCAAGGCGGCCGCGGGGUGCGGCUGCCUGCACAGGGCCGGAGGACGUUCUCCAGGCCGAGGAUGGCGGGGCGAGGGAGGGGUGAAUUGGUUGCAACCUUUAUCCAGGAACGGAAGGAUGGAAGUGGUGAUCUCUGAGAUGUUUGAAGUUGAAAGCAAACAAACACUUGAAAGUUCUUCCGCUAGCCAACCGCUUGUUUUACCAGCGCCAAUUCCACGCCGCAUAGCAGCAUGAGCUGGUUAUGGUGGUUAUAUCAUCAUUGCUAUACUAUACUAUUGUUUCCGCGCUGCAAUCGCGCGCUCCAGGAAUAGUUUUGUACUAAUGAAUUCGAACCGUCCGUGGAUCAUCACCGGUUUUUGACUCUUUGGGGGGUUACAGACACAAUACACAUGAAUACAAUAUCAUUUCCAUCGGCAUGAUUCAAUACAAGAAACACUCGCUCCGUCUCAUUGUGCCCCCACGACGACUGAGACGGGACAUGAUGGACAUGAUGGACAUUCGCUCCCAUCCAUCUCAAACAUCUCGGUAGAAUUACCGAAGCGUAUUCGGUUGCUGCUGCCGUCACUCCUUCUCUUCUCUGGUCUGUCUCGGUCAUCGUCGCUCACGAGCGGCAGAUACGAGGUUCCCGAGGAGUUUCGGACACAAGACGAACCCCCAGGAUGCCAAAGAGAGAUGAAAUUUGGGAAUGAUGGACGAUUUCGGGAAUAGGAAACCUCGACAAGACGAAAGUCCCCCGUCUGUGCACCGUCGCAUGAUUUUGGGCUAGUCUUGAUGAGCUCAACUGCUGCUUUCUGGUGGAGGUGGGCCGCAUGAAUGCAACCUCCCUAACCCAUUUGCAACGACAUGGGGUUGUCAACUCAAAAUAGGAUCACUAGUAGGUAGGGGGGAAAAGAGAGACCGCGAGUUCGGGUUGUGUGGCUUUUCCUAGUUGACGGCUACGGCGACCAUGUCACUUGGAGGGUUGUGUUUUCGUUGUCUCCCCUUUCUUGCGGACAGGGCAGGGUCCAGAUGGUUGCUUACCUCAUUCAUUCGAGCUUGCUGGCUCAGCCACGGGCUUUGUGAUUAGAGGAGUCGUAUUGUACUUAUCGCGAUUUCAUGAUACCGGGGGGAUGUAUUAGAAGAUUUGGCAGAGGAGAUAGGGAAAUGUUUCUCGGCACUAUGGAGUAUUACAUACCUCUAUCGGCGUGCCGGGCAUACUCGACGGGCAAAUAGAAGACAUGCAGCAUGCAGGAGGAGAUUAUGAUCUGAAUAACUUUUUUCUGUUGAACAAGAUGUUCCAGACCCUUC